UGAAUGGUGUGAAAUAUAUUAAUGAAUAACAAAUACACAACAUAUAAAAAGAGGUUAUAGUCGAUUAAAUAAAUCCACAGACAAGCUAGACCCUGAAGAAGAACUCCGUUGCCUAGCUACCUGCUAGCGACCAGUUGGCCUGUAGCAUCAGCUAGCUAGCUAGGCGAUCUACUAACACAUUGAUUAUACACUAUAAAAUAGUGAAUAAAUGCCACCAAAAAGAAAAGGACUAUUGCAACUUGCCCAAAGAGAAGUGGACGAAAUAAAAAAACAGGUUGACAGUCUGGUGAAGGAUGUGCAGAGUCAGGUUGGAUCCACUGAAGAGGCAUUUCGGAGAUGUCAGGAACUACAGUUGGUGGCUGAGAAUGAACUAAGGACAUUGAAGAAACUGACAAAGGCUGAUGAGCUGGCUCCAGUGGGAAAUUAUGAUCAGAGGAAGCAGGAAGAGGAGAGACGACUGCAGUACAUCUUAGAGAAUCUGAACACGCUGUCUCUGGAGCUUUCACCACCAGGACCCAGUACUGCUGCAGGCAAUGUUUCAAAGGAAAAUAGUGAGGAGGAGGAGGAGGAGGAGGAUGAGGAUGAAGAUAGUAAUGAUGACGAUGUUGAUAAUGUUGGCAAUGAUGACAAAGAUGAGAAGAGAGCAGUGAAACCACCUUCUCAGUCAGACCCUCGCAUCUACACAGUCCUCAGUGAUUUCAAAGGAGAGCAGGACGGAGAUCUGUCUGUUCAGAGGGGGGAGGUUUUAAGGAUCAUCAGGAAGGCAGCGGAUGGAUGGUGGCUGGCUCAGGACACUAAAGGCAACAAAGGAGUGGUUCCAAAAACCUACCUGAAGGUACACAACCUGCUGAAGAUUGGCUCUGGUGUUGAAGAUGAUAAUGACGAUGAAGAUGAUGGCAUUGAUGAAAGGGAUGGUGAUGAUGAAAAUGAAGAGGAGGAGUCAGAGGUGGAGGAGGAGGGAGAGCAAGAUGGUGAAGAACUAACUGAUGACCAAGACAAACAGAGCGGUGCCUCACAUUCUCAUUGGUCCACUGUCAGAAAGUCUCUGACUGAGAUUGAUGCAACAGAUGUGCUCUCAGCCAUGGGGGCCAUACCUUCAGGAUUCAGACCAUCGACUCUCAAUAAACUGCUGGUGGAGGAAGGUGCAACAUACAGAGGAAGUUACUAUAUUCAGCCUGAGCUCAGCCAAUCACAGCUCUCCUUUAGAGACCUCUUUCUGGACCCAGUCACUGGCAGGGUUCGUGCUCGGCAGGUCAGGACUUGUGUUUGUUUCGCUUUGUGGAACUGCAGGAUGAUUCCUACUCCUGGGGUUGGAGUUCAGGUCCUCAGCAGACACAUCCGCCUCUGUGCCUUUGAUGGAACUCAGGUGUUGAGUAACAUCCACACCGUGAGGGCAACCUACAACUCUAAAAGCCCCAAGACUUGGAGCUUCUCUCCAAAGAUGACAGGUAUGCUACCCACACUCCUGGAUGGGGACUGUUUCCUACGCUGCAACUCUUCGUCUCCUGACCUAGGGAUCCUCUUUGAACUGGGAGUCACCUUUAUACGGAAUUCUACAGGUGAGAGAGGAGACCUGAGCUGUGGCUGGGCUUUUCUCAGACUGACUGAUGACUCUGGAAAUCCACUCCCCAACAGGACGUAUGAGCUGCCAGUGAAUGGAGGAACUCCCUAUGAGAGGGAUGUAGCAGUGGAGACUUCAGUGACCAGAGGAUCUUCAGUUGGUGUUUUCCAGCAGAUGCUUCAGGCCAGACGGCAGCCCAAGCUGGUUGUAAGGAUGAAAUCAGCCAACAGUCGGACCAGAAUGCAGCUCAGUCUCCUCCCAGACACUCUGCUGCACUGUCUGAGCUGCGUCCAUUUGCUGGCUCUACACAGACAGCUGCUAGCUGACACACUACUGAUGGACAGGCCUACCAUGCAGAAUGCAGAUCUGAUAUGCAGCCCUGUACUUUCUACCUUCCCUGUGCUGUUGGAUCAGCCAGAUCUGUUAGAUGCUCUCAGGGGUGCCUGGCUGGAUGCUGAGACCACUAUGAGCAGAGCACAGAAGAGAGAUCUGUCUUAUCUGAAACAGGAGUUUGUUAAAGUCUACUUGUCAUCCGUCUAUUUCCUCAUCCACUCACCUGCGCUGCCCUGUCAUCGCUGGGCAGACCCUCCCUCAGAGGAGCAUCGGGCCAGAAUCAUCUACGCCACGCUGGGUUCCCUCAAACACAGCCAGUACACCACCGGCCAUUCAGGAGGCCCAGAGGUCUUUGUUGACCCCCUGCACCCACAACUGGCCUUUGAUGUCACAGAGUUGACCUUUGACCUCCUCCGUGUGGCACGGUAAUAAUAACAUCACAUUUAGAGGGAAGGUACAAUUUGAUUGGAGUUGAUUCAUUUAUUAUCUUUAUUCUAGACAUCAGUUUGGUUUCAUUUAAAAUAAUAACACCCUAUUUGUGCCAUAUAAGUAAAUUUCAAAACAUUUUAAAAAUGUGUUAACUAAUCCCAUGAAAACCAGUAACGUGUUCGUCCAUUUGACAGUACUUUUCCACUGUGGCUGUAGCUUUAAGCCCACUGCUUGUUACUGAAUAUAGAAAUCUUAAACAAUGGCUCAUGAAUAAAAACUUGAAUUUGAAACAAAGAAGGUGAAAUACAUUUCUGCAACACCUGGGCAGUGUGGUUUAUAGCAAAUGUUACUCAUACAUGAGUAGACUGUGCAUUUAACUCUGUUAAGGUGCUGAAUAAUACAUAGUUGGUACUGCAGUGAAUAUGUACAGGAACAGGACGGUGUACUGUGUGUGUGAUUGACUCAGAAGAAACUUCACAGUGUUCAUGUUCUCUAUUUGAAGGAGCAUGUCACAUGUCAUAUACAGACAUCCCUAUUCAAACUCAGUUCACUGUUAGCUUUUGUCUUUUCAGGGGAUUUGCUGACAAUAAGGAAAUAGAGAAUAUCACCACACUUAUCUUUCAUAUUCCUAAUGUGCUAACACAUACAGUGCAUACACAAAGGGAUCUUUGAGUCUUGUGAUUGCAUGAGACAGUGGUUAUGGCUAAUGAGACUGCCGAUUGUCUGAAUAGGUGUGAAAUGAAAUGUUGAGAAAAUGUGGACAAUGGAAAGAUUUCAACAAAGAUCCUUCUUUAAUCAUUAAGUUCAUACUGCUUCUCUGACAGCAAACACUACAUUUUUCUUUGUGCUGAGACCAAAAUUGAUUCCUAUGCUAUUUAUUGCCAAGUUUGGUUGUGUUUUCUAAUAAACAUUC